UUCGAACUAUUUAUUUAUACGGAAUUUUCGGAAACAGUCUAGCAAAAACCAGGCGGCAGUUCUUUGAGAAGGGUACAGUUUGAGAAGCACUGGUAAAGUGGACCAAUACGAAGGCAAGCCGACAUGAAGCAUCCGACGAAGGCUAGCCGAUAUCAAGUAUCCGACCCGUCGGCUGCUGCUGCCACGGCUUCUCUGCUUCUUGCUGAUGGUGCUGCUUCUGCUUGUAGCACUGCAGUCAGUAUUUUCAACUCAGACGGAACGCACGGUUGGGCGGACUGAGCGAAGUCAGUUUCAAAUAGUUCAAAAAAUCACAUUUAAAAAACCGAAAACAUAUUUGAUUUUUGUCAGCAGCUUCUUGUAAAGAUAUCCCAAAAAUACGAUACAUAUAAUAAUCAAAUAACCACAACAGAAACAAAGGCUUCCGAAAAAUAAAAGGGGAAUUGAACGAUUCCACUGAGAGGAACAAAGCGAAAUUGCAAUUUCAGUGAGUGCACGCGUCCUGCCUGUCAGUGUUCCAGUGUGUCAUUGUGUCAGUUUGUCACUCUGUCAGUUUGUCAGUGUGUCAGUAGUGCCAGUAGUUGUACAAUACCUUGGUGUCCGUGUGUUAGUGAAAGCGAACUCUCUCUGUGGUAAAGGUCAGAACUCAUAUAUGAAAAUGUCGUGCGCCAACCAAGAAGCAAUGUCAACAAAAGCCGCUGUCACCGACGUCGACGAUGGCAAGGCCUCGUCAAAAUAUCCAUCAACCUCUUUGGCCAACGACUCGGGAUCGAUUUCGGCUAGAUGCUCCAAUCUAAGGGCUAGUCCCGUAACCAUAGCUAUGGCUAUCCUGGUGGCCAUUGUCUUGUGCAGCGGCAGUUUCGGUUUCGCCGACGGCCUUAAGUGCCACAUGUGCGGCCAGUACAACGAGGGCGUGGGCUCCAUUACCCCAUGCACCAACUACACCAAGGACAUUGCCCAUCUCUACCUGAAGGAGUGCACCAAGAAGAGCGAGAAGUACUGCGUGAAAUAUGUAAGCGAGCUCUCGACUGUGCGCGAUUGUGCUACCGAAUGCGUGGAAAAGGAAAUCUGGGAGACACAAACAUACUGCUGCACCGAAGAUGGUUGCAAUUCCGGCACCCAGUUGGCCUACUCCAUGAUCCUUUUGACUCUGCCAUUACUCUCAAUGGCCUGGCCAAAUGUGCUCGAUCUUUGGAAUUCGCGGCGUUAAGUGAUUAUAUAAGAAAAAUUAAUACUACACUCUUGAAUAAGUUGCUCCUUUUUUAUAUAUUCCAUUUCGUUGAGUUUAUUGUUUCCGGUAAAAACAAAAAUGUAAAAAUUUCGAUGAUUAAAGUUUGUUUCUAGCUUAAAGAAAAUAAAUCAAACCAAAAUUCUGUGAACGGGACCUAAUCAAACUAAAAAAGAGAUAACAAAAACUUGCAUACAAUUUUCCACUUGAACCUAUUAGUGUGUGAUUUUUAAACUUAUGCGAUUAUGAAUAAUAUGUGUUUCACGUUAAUAUUUUUAGGCUUUGUAUUUCUGACUGUCUUCCCAAAUAAAACAAAAUAAAAAAAACCAAAGAAAAUACCUUAAAAAAGAUAAGGAAUGAUGUGAGAACAUCCAAAAGAUAAACUAUUUCAUAUUCACACAAAAAAACAACAUUUGCAAUGCCAAAUUACAACUUAAAUCGUGUUAAACAAAAAAACCAAUGAGAAAGUAAAAAUAAAAUUACAGAAAAAAAUUAAAAUGUAAUAUGUAAGAAUAUGCCAGCUGUCACAAGUACAUAAGAAAUCGCAGUCAUAAUAUGAAUAUCACCGAAUUCGUGUUGAAUGCAUUUCAUAAUCAUACUAAGUACACCUAAGGUUUAAAAGCGAAUGUAGAAAUAAAUUACACCUGAGCGAAAAUUCCAGCGAAGCUUGAAAAAAAUAAAUUGUCAGGAGAAAUUUGAACUAGUGGUUUUCUUAUUAUUUCCACGAUAAACCCUAAAUAUAUCCACGGAUAUUACGCAAAUGUCAAAGUCACAGUGAGAUUAUUUUGGGGUCUGUGAUUUUGCACUUUGGAGCAGUAAUAUUUAUCGGAAGUCUAUCAAUUAUGUGUUGUUCCUUAAGCUAAUUGGUGUUUAUAAUACAUUGAGCAAAUGAUAAUUAACUGGAAAAAAAUAAGUAAAUGUUUAUUGAAUAUACAAGUGAACGUAGGAUUAAGGUGAUACGGACUACUAUAAUAGGAACGAACACUAACGAAAAUCGAAUAAAUUUUCACUCUACUGCUCAUGAAAUUCUAAAUUAAAUAUUAAAAUUAAAACCAACUAAAAUUAAUAUCAAUUGAUAUUCACGAAAAAAAAUAUUUGUAGUGCAGAUAGAGGAAUUCGGCAUAACGUAGGUAAACAAAAAAAAAAACAAUACGAACGAAAAAUGAUUAUAGGAAUUAUUUAGAAUUAUUGAGAGUUUAGUGAUCCCAAGGAAUUAACAUGAAAGUUCUUAACGAUUUUCUUAUAGAGCACUUACGCGAUUCCAUUUUUAAUUAUUUACAAUAAUAAUAUUUUAAAAGAUAAAUACUUAUAAACAUAUAUAUAAACACACAAUGCAUAAAAAAUAUAUACAAAUCCUAGUAAUUAGAUUAAGGGCUUUCACUAUAUUAAAGAUAAAAAAACAUGUGAAAUAUGCAAAAAAAAAACCAAAACAAAAAAAAAAACAAAAUGUGAAACAUAAAUAAAAAAUAAAUGUUAAAUGUUAGUUCCUCGAUACCAAAGCAGCUUGCGUAUUCGUAUUAAAGGCUCACAGUCAAAUAAUUUGCAUAUGAUUAACGUUUUCACUUAAUAAAAUGAGUAUCCCGCAUUAUCAUUUAAUUAUAUUAUGAAAAGAGAAGCCCUCUGACAUUUUGCCAAUUAAAAUGUCAACUAUUUUGCCUACUUUGGCUACAUUUAAUGCAAUUAUAUAAUUUGUCACUCUCAUACAAAAAUGCUACAAAACAGCGAAAGAAUUCCAAUU